AUGACACUCGUUGGCCACGUUUUGCUCAGUGUGCUCAUCGCACGAAUCGGCGGCCAUUCGGUGAUUGUCGAGACCAAAUUGGGCGACAUUCAGGGCGAUGAGUUCUUCUUUUUGGGCACCAAAAUUCGCUCAUUUUUGGGGGUUCCAUUUGCCGAGCCGCCAAUCGAGGAAUCGCGAUUCAAAAUUCCGACGGCGAAAUUGAAGUGGAAUGGAAUUCAGAAUGCUACAGUACUCGCAAAUGCGUGUUUUCAAACUCGCGACAAUUAUAACUCAUCGUUUUGGGGGUCCGAAAUGUGGAACGCGAAUACGCCGAUAUCCGAGGAUUGCCUUUAUUUGAAUAUUUGGGCGCCCGCCGAAGCCUAUAAUCUGACAGUCAUGGUUUGGAUAUUCGGUGGCGGCUUCUACGCCGGAAGCCCAUCGCUGGACAUUUACAACGGCGGUGUUCUCGCGGCCACCCAGAAUGUCAUUGUGGUCAACAUCAAUUAUCGCCUCGGACCCUUUGGAUUCUUGUAUUUGGACCAUCCCGACGCGCCCGGCAAUAUGGGCCUUCUCGAUCAGCAACUUGCUCUUCACUGGAUUCGAGACAAUAUUGCCUCAUUUGGUGGCAAUCCUCAAAAGAUCACCUUAUUUGGUCAAUCGGCCGGCGCCGCCUCAAUUGUUGCUCAUCUCAUUGCACCCGGCUCAAAAGGAUUAUUCAAAAACGCGAUUCUCCAAUCGGGAAGUCUCGAAAACAAAUGGGCGAUGGAUUCGACGGCUCGCGCCAAACAAAAAUCGCUGCAAUUAAUCGAAGCGGUCGGGUGCACCAAAACGACAAUCGACAAUUCGCUCGCUUGUUUGCGAUUAGUGCCGGCGAUUCAGAUUUUCGAAAAAAUGUGGAAUAUGAACAUGACGUUUCUCGAGUUCCCAUUUGUUAUCGUCUCAAGAGACCCCCAUUUUUUUAUGGAUAUCGACGGUCUUGUUGCGAUUCGAGAAGCUCAAUUCCAUCGAAAUGUCAAUGUGAUGAUUGGCAUGAAUCGAGAUGAAGGCAAUUAUUGGAAUAUCUACAAUUUGCCGGAAUACUUCGAUAAAACCAAGGCGCCUUUAAUAUCCAGAAAUGAAUUCGAAUCGCUGAUCGAUCGAAUCUUCGCCAUCCAACCCGACAUCAUCCGCUCGGCAGCCAAAUUCGUCUAUUCCGACGCCAACUGCACCGACGAGGAUCGUCGUCGAAGAUGGUUCGCGAAUCGACUGAAUCACGUCGUCGGCGAUUAUUUCUUCUCGUGCGAUUCGCUUCGUCUCGCCAAACAGCUCUCAACUUCGACGAACGUUUUUGUCUAUUAUUUUGUUCAAAUAUCAAGCGCGAAUCCGUGGCCUAAAUGGACUGGUGCAAUGCAUGGAUACGAAAUCGAAUACGUGUUCGGACGACCGUAUGCGAACUCGAUUUAUAAUCGAAGGGAGAAGAUAUUCUCGAGAAAAAUGAUGGAACUCUGGACGAGUUUUGCCAAAAAUGGACGACCGAAAAUCACGAAUCCGAAACAUUCGGAACACUGGCCGAAAUUUGAGAAUUCCACCGGUUUCAGAUGGAUGCAAUUGAGAAGCGGCUCGAACAUCCGCGCAAAAUCGCCGUCGAAAUCGGUCGCGUGCGAUUUUUGGGACAACGUCAAACAUUCCGAAUAUUCGGCAUUUCCCUGCGAACAUCCAUCGACACACCGUCCCGCCGAGAUCCGCUUCGCAUUGAUGCUCGUCUUGGUUUGGUGGACCGCGACGAGCACCGUCUUCGCCCAACAGGAGGAGUCUACUCAAAAACGAAACACCGAGGUUGAAGUGCAAACGCGAUUAGGAAUCAUACGAGGAACCGAAUCGACUCAUGGCAACAAAAGGAUUCGCUCAUUCCUAGGUGUACCGUUUGCUGAGCCGCCAAUCAAUGAGAAUCGCUUCAAGAAGCCGUCGCCAAAACGACCAUGGAAUUCAACGAUCGAAGCGAACACCCUCGCUCCAGCUUGCUAUCAAGGCCGCGACACUUAUGAUCCAAACUUUUGGGGAUCCGAAAUGUGGAAUGCGAACACUCCGGUCAGCGAGGAUUGCCUUUAUGUCAAUAUAUGGGCGCCUGCCGAUGCAUUUAAUCUCACGGUGCUCGUGUGGCUAUUCGGCGGCGGAUUCUAUUCAGGCUCGCCAUCGCUCAUCCUCUACGACGGCAAAGAACUAGCCACUCGCGGCAACGUGAUUGUCGUCAACAUCAACUAUCGCGUCGGACCAUUCGGCUAUCUGUUUCUGGACCACGACAAUGUGCCCGGAAAUAUGGGAAUGCUCGAUCAACAAUUGGCGCUCUACUGGAUACGCGAUCACAUUUUCUCGUUCGGUGGCAAUCCGUCGAGAAUCUCGCUAAUCGGCGAAUCCGCUGGCGCCGCCUCGAUUGUCGCUCAUAUGAUUGCUCCAGCUUCGAAGGGGCUAUUCCAAAACGGCAUUCUUCAAUCGGGUUCACUUGAUAACAAAUGGUCGAUGGAUUCGCCGAAACGCGCCAAACAAAAAUCGAUGGCUUUGGCGAAUUUAGUAGGAUGCAAUCAUACAAGCAUCGAUGAUCGCAUCGAUUGUCUGAAAAAGACGCCCGCUCAGAAGCUCAUCGAUAAUAUUUGGAGUGUCGGCCUCAAUUUCCUCGAAUUCCCGUUUGCGAUUGUCUCGCGUGACCGCAACUUCUUCAAACAUCUCGACGGUUUCGUCGCGCUUCGCAACGGAACCUAUUCGACGGACGUCAAUCUGAUGUUCGGCAUCAAUCACGACGAGGGAAACUUUUGGAACAUUUACAAUUUGGGCCAAUAUUUCGACAAGCAGCCGGUGAAGCCGAAAUUGACGAAAACCGAAUUUCACGAGUGCCUUGAGACGGCGUUCGCCGUUCAACCCGAACUGAUUCGAACCGCAGCCAAAUAUGUGUAUUCGGAUGCGAAUUGCACGAAUCCCGAAGCGAAAACCGAAUUCUACGCCGAACAGGUGAAUCAAAUGGUCGGCGAUUAUUUCUUCACAUGCGAUAGCAUUUGGUUGGCGCAUAAUUAUCCGAAAUUGGCUGGAAAUAAAUCCAAAGUGUUCGUCUAUUAUUUCGAUCAACCAUCGAGCGCGAAUCCGUGGCCUAAAUGGACUGGUGUGAUGCAUGGAUACGAAAUCGAAUACGUGUUCGGUGUGCCGCUUUAUAAUAAAACCGCCGGAUAUACGAAAGAGGAGAUGGACGUCUCGGAGAAGGUCAUCGAUUUCUGGACAACGUUCGCAAUUGAUGGAGUGCCAAGAUUGAGGAAGCGAACGCCGGCGACGAACGUGAAUGUGGUUUGGGAACAAUACGAUGGUGUGAAAAACACGAAAUGGAUGAAUAUUAAGGCUGGAACGUUCAAAAGUAUCAAUGAAUUGAAAAAAGUGGAAUGUGAUUUAUGGCGAACUGCGAAAAAUAUGGAAUACGAGACGUAUCUUGACGAGAUUCGCUCAACAAUUUCAUCGACCAACUCAAUAUCAAUAUUAGUCGCUUCGGCAAUGCUAGCCAUUCUAGAAUUUAUCCAAUUCGCACCUUGA